AUGCGGCGACAUAACAGUGCCAAGUCGAGGUCGACUCUGACUCGAAGCAAGUCUACGGCUUCCGUUUGCUCGGCUAUUCAACGAUUAGAGCACAUUGAUCCAGACACUGCCAAAAGGGACGCACAUAUCGCUGCCACGUUAUCUUUCUCCCGUGCGAACCCCAAUAUCGACAUGGGCAUGGGACUUGAAACUUCGAGACAAUGCCAACGGUCUGUCAACAUGGAGACGUGGCCAGAGAAUCCCUCAAGUCCGCCUCAAAGCGAAUUCAAACAGCUCGGCCACAACGACGGGGGUCUACGACGACAGCAGAGUGUUCGAUUCGUGAAACAAGAGUCCCGAACUAAGCGCCAGCAAAGCCAAAGCAACGAUGACUCUUCUGAUUUGGGGACUAUUCGGCACCGGGGCGUCCUCACAGAUGUUGUUAACCAGCCUGCUAGUCGAAUUUCUCGCCCUAUCGAGCGACCAUUUGUGAGCACUUAUACGACCAACUACAUCAAUUCCUUACCCCCGAGCGAAUCAUUCGUGUCUCCAGAUGAGUGUGCACCUGCCCCGGCAUCUUACAGAAGACUUCGCAAGUCGCGCUCGAUGUUGUCCCCCCUAAAUCCGACAGGUCUGCGCCGACCAAGUAAGAUAUAUCUCAGCGAAUCUCCGGAGCAGGAGAAUGUGCAGCCUGCGUUGCGACGACAGUCAAUGCAAGAUAUGAAGGACAGCAAACCACCGCCAAAGAAGACGCUUGGGCUAAGGAACCCGAAGUCAAUGAGCUUUCUCAAGAUUCGGAGUGUUCUGGAAUCUGACAGAAUUGGCAGCCGCCAGCAGAUCGAUUUGGCAGUCCAAGAAGCUGAGGACAGUUUCCGCAAAGACAUUGAAGAGCAACGGCAUUUGAAACCGCGACCGUCGACGAUUUUCUCGAAAGCGAAGAAGGGCCAGGCGUCUUUGAGUUUACGCCGAUCCAUGAGAGACUUCAGCGCCGAUGUUCGAUCUCUUGGUGCGGAAGAUAGCUUGGCUGUCAACAAGGACGCUUCUCUUCGAAAGAAGGCUCGAAAAGUUUCAAGCAGUUUCAAAACCAAGCUGAAAGAAAUGUUCCGACGAAACAAGAAGGAUGAUUUGGUUGUGACAGCUAGCAAACCUCAGCUAGAGGCUUCGAAUGCGGUCCACGGUCUUAUUGGCGACGACAACGAACAGGAUGAUGCUUACAUGGACAUUACGGAUCCCGUGUUGCUGGACGAGUGUUCAAUUUCGCAAGUACCUUCGCGAGUUCCGUCUCUUCACGAUGCCACCUCAACGCAAAAGCUCCGCUCGCGUCAAGGAAGUAUAGAGAGCAUUGGGAGUGAACGAAAGGCAUCGGAUGAGAAGUCUCGCGUUACCAGUUGGACAAGCUCAGGCACCCAUACUCUCAACAGUCAAAGUACUUGGGGUGGGGAGCGGGAACGGCAGCGGCUGUCUAUCAUCAAAGAGAUUGGACCACACAAGUCCUCAUCUUCUUUCCAGCGACCGAGUCUGGCGGAUCGCAACCCAUUUGAGACCGUAACACAAUCUACGCCACAGGAUGGACCGGCCCGCCCCGGUCCACCCGUCGAUAGCGCAAGAGUCUACUCCGCCCUCAUGAAGCGAUUGAAAGAAUGUAAGCAAAAUGGUCAACGAGAAGAGCAGCUACGGCAUAGCAGCGUUGGGAGUACCGGCCUCAAGGCAUACGGCACAAUUGAUUUGUCAAACUCCAUCGGCGGCCAGGAACUUGAGGAAGCUCGCAAUCAAGACCCUCCAACCAUAAGAUGUGUCUUGCAAGAGGACGACGUUUUCCGUGACAGUCCGUGGGAACAAACAUUGCAAACAGUAGUCGAAACCGAGGCCCCUCAGUCGGGUCGUGACGAAGCAACGUCUUCAUCUGACGGUGCAAUGCACCAUCGCCAGCGCUCGGCUUCUGAGACCACCAUCGGAUCUUACAAGCCUUGUCAAAGACCUACGGCCGAGGAUAGACAGGGCCACUUGCCCUCGAAGCCGUACAAGUUGCACGGCGACAACGCCGCGAAUCCCCCAAGAGCCUUGUCCACUCGCAGUUCUGCAUUCUUUGGCAGCCCGACUUGCCAUCUCUUCCGCACAACGAGUCCGUACCGCAAGGUCCUACAAGAAAAGGUCAAAUCAGAGUCGGAAGCUCCAGCUGCAGCUCAGUUACUUUCCCCAUCGGUUUCGAUGCUGAACCUGGACAUUAUCCCCACAAGGCGUCGCCCGAGUCUAUCUAAGGAAGACCCCCGACUUGCGUACUCUGAAAGUAUUUAUUCUGACGACAUCCUCUCUCCACGGACAAUACCAAAGGGUUUGGGAGAACAAACAGAACCAACAGUGCCACCUCGACACCCCAACCAUAAAGCAGCUGAUCCCGAUCAUCAGCAGACACCCUCUACGUCCGACAACUCCCAGGCUGUUGCGAAGAAAAACAGCUCUGACACUACUCCUCUAACGGAUGUACAUCAAAAACGAUACUUAUCAGGCGGCCCACAUACUUAUACACCGACGACGCCGCAGGGUCGAACAGUCUCAAACGCAAGUUCUGUGGAGUGGAAGACUUGGCUCUCUGCAAAUGCGGCGAAUACCGACGCCAAGUUAGCCAAUACCGAAACCCAACACUUGACGGAAGUUCGUUACGCCAAGCCAAGUAUUCCCAGAAGCUUGGGUCAUGUGCGUGAGCGCGCCGAAAUUGAAGACUCUGAGUCUCCGGCAUUAUACGCGGCGACGGGCACAGGAAAGACGAAAUUCCAAACGCCACUUAGAGUAACGAGCCACAAUCCGCGUCAAGUAUCGUCCACCAGUCGCAUAGAGCUUGGCAUAGACGAUUCAAAGUUCUCAACGCCUUUUAGAGACGAGAACACGAUCCCUAAGACGGACGGACGCGUGACUAGACGUCUUCGUGGUAUUUACAAUCCUCCACCAAUUCCACCCAGAAGCUCUUUGAGAACGACUCCUUCGAUGCCGCUCAUGCAACCGCGUCUUUCUCACAGCAACUUACCUGUCAUGUCGGUGGACAAGAAGGCUUCCAAGGUGCGCAGCUUGGACGUCAUACCAAAGGCCCAAAAUCUGGUGGCCCCUCUCCCACCCAAGACACGAUCUCCAGUCAAAUUAGUCAGACGAACUGGGCUACAGAAAGGGCUCCAAUCGUCUGCUUCCAGUCCAGGGCUUACAAUGGCCGUCGAGAAACAGUUCGGCCCCAUGUUAGCCAGCCAACAAUUUAAUCGCGGGUCUCCCAGGGAGAGGCGAGGAUCAGUUCGUCGAUUACUGGACAGCGACUCACGCGAUGACGAGAGGUCCGAUAACACAAGCCUUGACGACUGGAAGGCCGAAGCAGCUGGCAGCCAUCACAUGGUGGAGAACUUCCUAAGCAGCAGGCGGCGGCCAUCAGUUCACGGGGCAUUCUUGUGA